GACCAGUAUGUGUAUUUGUAGUCUCCAUACAAGUCAUUGAGACGACCUAGAGAGAUAAAAAAGAAAGAAAGCAAUGAGGGUAAAAACAAAGUAUUAAGGAUCCUGUCAGAAAAAAAAAGAUGUUGAUCCAAUCUUCUACAAGCCCACAAAUGACAAAUCAGUAUAAAAAGGAAUUUCUAAAAAUUAUCUAUUUAGAGUCACCUUGUAUAUUGUUAUUUUUGGCAACUUGAAAAAUCAUCAAUUCUCGGGCAAAUUUGAGUUAGCAAAGACCUGGAGAUCAAUCUGCAAUCAAACCCCUCAAUACAUAAUGGAAAAAGUGUUGCUCAGAAGAGGUCUGGGACUCUUGUCUGAGGACACAAAGCUAUUCCAGUUACAAGAGGCCAAUGCUCUUUCUCUAGCAGAACUUCCCAAAGAGCGUCCUGUGAACACUUGCCCUGUGCUGGUAACUAAACUAACAGCAAUACUUAGCCACCAUUCUAAGCACUUCAUUUUGACAGGCACAUUCCAUGGUCAUCCUCAUUGUAUAGAUACAAAAACUGAAGUACAGAGACAUAAGUAACUUAUCCAAGGUCAUAAAACUAAUAAAUGCAACCAUUUGGCUUUAAUCUGGGAAUUCUGACCCCUGGGUCUAUUGUGCAACAGUGAGCCGAAUGUUUCAAAGGUCAAAAGAAUUUGGGGUGGCAUAUCCCUUCCUUUUAUCUUCAAGGCUUUGUGAAGUCUGAUAGUAAAGAAAUCCAUUUAACUUGGUGUUUCUACAGGAGGACCAGUUAGGAUUUUACCAUUAGGAUCAGGAGGAAUAGGAAACAGGAGUUUGGUUAAGGGUGGUAGUUGUGAUGGAGAAAAAUGAGCAUUAGAAAGAGAUUAAGGAGAUGAAAUUUGACAGAAUUUGUAAACUCAUUGGGAAGAGAGUGGAGGAAGAGAGCCUUAUGAAAAGACAAUUGUAGCCAGGCAUGGCGGCAUAAUCCCAGCCAAGUGGGAACAGAGAUAGGAUUGCAAGUUCAAUACCAGCCUCAGCAACUUAGCAAGUCCCUCUCUCGAAAAUAAAUAAAUAAAGAUGACCGGGGAUGUCAUUUAGUGGUAAAGCAUCCUUGGUUCCAUCCCCAUUAUCAAAGAAAAAAACCAAAAUGAUAGCUGUCGACUUUUGUUCACUCCCCAAAACGAAAUUCCAAAAGUAUGUAUCAUAUCCAAAAGAGGUUCACAUUACUUUCUUACUUUGUGUUAUCUAUGGAGCUAUUAAUUUACAAGAUGAAGUAUUUAGUAACCUCAGGGAAUAGUUCCCAAAUUACACACUGACUUACAAGCUAUAUAAUCUUGGCCAAAUUAUUUUACAUUUUCAAGCUUCUAUAUCUUCACUUAUGAAAUGGGGAUUAAAAUAGUCCUACCUCACAGCCUUGUGAGAUGCAACAGAUACAUACAACUUUAGUGUUGGCACCACUGUAAACUUACACAACAGCUAUUAUUACAUUAUUUCUACUGGAAUAAAUUCCAGCAUUAAAAUAAAAUUCCCUGAGGGCUGGGGAUAUAGCUCAGUUGGUAGAGUGCUUGCCUCCCAUGUACAAGGCCCUGGGUUCAAUCCUCAGCACCACAAAUAAAUAAGUAAGUAAGUAAAUAAGUAAAAUUCCUGGAGCCGAGAAUGGUGGUGCAUGCCUAUAAUUCCAGCUAAAGCAGGAGGAUUACAAAUUCAAGCCCACCCUUGGCAACUUAGAUCCUGUCUCAAAUAAAAAGGGGUAGAGAUGUAACUGAGCACCCCUGGGUUAAACCCCAAGUACAAAACACAAAACAACAACAAAAAUCUCCAAAGUACUUUUAAAGGUGGAAUCGUUCUCCUACAAAGAAUGUGUUGUUAGUUUUAGUGAUAGAAAAUUUUUAAAAUAUUCUUUUAAAAUAUCUGAUCCUGCUCCCACAAUCCUUCGUGCCCUUCCUUUCCAUCUUGGGCCUGGCAGAAUGGCUCCCACAAAGAAGGGUAGCAAGAGGAGGGGCUGUUCUGCUAUCAAUGAGGUCAUGACCUGGGAAUACACCACCCACAUUCACAACAUCUGGAAAUCUGCCAUGAUGAAGGAAAUGGGAACUCCAGAUAGGCGCACUGAUACUAGGCUCAAAGCUGCCUGGGCUAGAGGAACAAGGAAUGUCCCAUAUCACAUUCAAGUGCAAUCAUCCAGAAAACAUGAGGACGAAGAUUCACCAAACAAGCUCGAUACUUUGGUAACCCACGUCCCUGUUACCUUGUUCAAAAAUCUAGUCAAUGUGGAUAAAAACUGUAAAACAACAACAAAAAAACCUGAUCUUCUUGUACAGCUGAUGGUUCCAUUUUAUUUGACUCUGUGUAUCAGCAAUUAUGCUUUGUCAAGUUGUGUGCCAGCACUGAGAGCACAGAAAUGAGAAACACCUGCUCUUUGUCAAACAGCUCACUAAUGUUUUCUAUCACUGUCCCAAUCCUGUACACCUAUAUUUUGAAUUUCUUUUUCAGUUGUAAAAGAACAUGAUAACUUUAUUUUAUUUAUUUUUAUGUGGUGCUGAGGAUUGAACCCAGUGCCUCACAUGUUGUUUUUGGAUAGCAGAAUCAUAGAGGUAGGAAAACAUACUAUACCUAACAGUGGUGGCCCCAGGAGGACAGGACAGCAUUCCACAAUGGUCACCAAUCCCACAGCGCUGGAGAACCUCUGUGGUCCAACGAGGUCCAUCAGUGUUUCAAACAAUACAGAGCUGAGCCACCCAAAGGCAAAUCCAAAGAAUCCCGCAUAGAUACAGAACCCAACAUAGGUGCUGGCGGAUAAAGGUGCUAACAAAUGACAUGCUCCAUUUGCAAUAACAGAAGCAGCAAAGAAAUAUUGGACUCGCGGUCUUAUCCACUUUGUGUUGGCUACCAGUCCCAUAGAAGGUCUGGCUACCAUGUCAACAAAAGCCAGAAUGGAAAGAAGGAAGGCUGACUUCUCAUUAGAAUAAUGCUUACUCUUGCCAUAAUUACUAAGAAAAACCAAAGGUGUAAAGAGUCCAAAAAACAUGAUCACAUUUCCAGAGAGAUACAGCAAAAAGCCUCUGUGUGUGAACAGGGACAAGUCCAGGAACUGGUUAAUUUUUUGAAUAUGUGAACGUUUUUCCUUUUUGCGGUUUCCUCCAAUAAGAUCUGUAUUUGCAUCACCUACAUUCUUUGCAUCAGAUUUUCCAGCUUCUUGAAGGGAUUCUUUGGACCUAACAUUUUCUUUCUUUGUUGGCUUUGGCCCUAUGGGUCGCAUCAAGGAUCCAGCUACACAGCAAUUUAAUAGGAGGCCCCCAAGAAUUAGGAAGCUUCCUCUCCAGCCAAAGAUACCAAAGAAAGCCUGAUUGAGGGGGGCCAGAGUAGAGAGGAACACAGGGCUGCCAGCCAUAGCCAGUCCAUUUGCCAAUGGUCGCUUCUUGUAGAAAUACUUGCCAAUCAUCGUCAAAGCAGGAUUCAAGUUGAAAGCAAGCCCAAGACCUAAGGGAAAGGGGCAAAAUUACCUAUAAUAAAUAUCAGAAAUAUCUCCAAUAUUACUUAACCAGACAAAGAAACUAAAAUAGGAGGUAUAAGUAAUAGAAAGGGACAAAAGAAUCUCAUUAUUGGCUACACUCUAUAGUGGUUUAAAGUGUGAAUUCAAAAGUGAACUAGAGAAUUCAAAUCUCAGCAUCACUACUUACUGGCUGUGCAACAGCCCGAACAACAAGUAAUACUAUUUCAAAAUAAAAAAUAAGCUGGGCAUGGUGGUACACACCUGUAAUCCCAGUGGCUGGGAGGCUGAGGCAGGAGAAUUGUGAUUUCAAAGCCAGCCUCAGCAAAAGCAAGGUGUUAAGCAACUCAGGGAGAUCCUGCCUCUAAAUAAAAUACAAUUAGGGAUGGGGAUGUGGCUCAGUGGUUGAGUGCCCUGAGUUCAAUAUCUAGUACAAAAAAUAAAAAUGGCUAGGAAUGUAGCUCAAUGACAGACUCUCCCUGGGCUCAAUACCCAGUACUUCAGGCAAGCACUCAACUACUGAGCUACAUUCCCAGUCCCAUUAUUCUUAUAUCAGUAAGAAAAUGAAUUUAUAACAGUUGUCAAAAAACAUGUUAAAAAAUUAUACUCAAAAGACCUAGACACAAAAUGAAAAAACAUUUUCUAGAUUACCCCUUACUUUCCUAAUAUGCAGAGACAAAUUACAAUCUGAAGGUACUCAUUACCUAUUGAAUUAGAAAUGAUGAAACAAACAAACAAACAAAAAAAAGGAUACCCCAUUGUUGGCAAGUACAUCCUCUCUCAUACUGUGGCAGGACUCUUAUUCACCCUUUUCUGGAGGACAGUUUAGCAUAUAUGUAUUUAAAUAACACACAUAGAAGGAAGGGAAUGUAGCUCAGUGGUAAAAUGUUUGCCCAGCAUGCACAAGAUACCCAGCAAAAGAAACUGAGAAAAUAAAAGACACACUGCAGUUUCCCUUAAAAACCCUUAAUAGGCAGGCAUGGUGACACAUGCCUGUGAUCCCAGCAUUCUGGAAGGCUUGAGGCAGGAGGCUCAUGAAGUCCAAGGCCAGUUUCAGCAACUUAAUGGGGCCCUAAGCAAUUUAAUGAGAUACUGCUUCAAAAUUUUUUAAAAAGUGGGGACGGGUGUGUGUGUGUGUGUGUGCGCGUGCGCGCGCCUCGGGAUGUGACUCAGUGGUUAAGCACUUCUGGGGGUUCAAUCCCCAGUAACAAACAAAAAACCAAACCUUUCAUAAUCAACAACCAAGAGAUUAGUUAAAUAAAAUUAUGUCUAUUCAAUGGAAUAAUACAUUAAAUUUGUUAUGUAUCAGAAUACUUAUUGACAGGGCAACAUAUUCAUGAUACAUUGCUAAGUGAAAAAAAACUGGUGAUGGGGCUGGGGUUGUGGCUCAGCGGUAGAGCGCUCGCCUAGCACUUGUGAGGCGCUGGGUUCGACCCUUAGCACCACAUAAAAAAAGAAAAGAAAGGUACUGUGUCCUACUUCAACUAAAAACAAAAAACAAAACAAACAAAAAAAGAAAUCCAAACUGGUGAUGCCUACAAAAUUUAAUUUUUUGGUACUAAAAAGAGGUUGGGUUUGUACACAUAAAAGUAUGGAAGCACAAACAAAUUGUUAAUAGUAAUAUUUUUUGGAUUGAGACAUAAUGUGCAAUCUUUAUUCACUAUACUCAGUGGUUCAUAACCUUACUUUGGUGACUAAUAAAAAGGAGGGGGGAAUUAUUGUUUCUCUUACUCUUCCGAGGUAUUACUUGAACAUUGUUAUAAUUCCUGCUUUUUGUCUAAAAUACUGUCCUAUUCCAAUAAGGGUCUAUUCUCCUUGGGAAGAAGACGUAAGGAGAGAGAUUAACCAAUGACCACCCUCAACAGAAUAUGCAAGGGCACAUAACCCUAACCCUAACCACUGUGUAAUUUUAAGAAGGGAUGGAAUCACCACUCAAGUCAAUGGACAAAGAAUAAAUGCCUAUUAUAUGCAAGCAAUUUAUUUAAAAUGUUUGCUUUUCUAGUACAACUUGAAUCAUUUCUCUAAGGAAAGAAAUUGUCAUUCAAGAGAUCUGAAAGUUGAACGCAAAUGAGUACUAAACGACCAGCAAAAAAUUAACACUCAAAAAUGAAUAAUACUUCACCUCCAAUGACGCCAAUACACAAGUAAAGUUCCGAUACAGUGUUACAGAAAGAAGCUGCAAUCAAGCCACAGCCAGACAAGCAGCCACCAAUAAUCAUGACUGGACGGCUGCCGUACUUAUUCACCAGGAUACUGCUGAUGGGACCUGGGGGAGAACAAAAAAUUUAAUAUAUAGGAACCAUAUUCCCUCAUAUCUACACAAGGCAUGAAUAACAAUAAAGAACAAGUCCUCUAAAAUGGCAA